UCUGAACUGAUAACAGGGUGCCGAUGUCAGCCACAGGAUAUUGUAUCAUUUCGUGAUUAUUUGCAAAAACUUCUGUACGUGUGGAAUUUAACCGAUUGGAAAAAUAGCGAGAAACAAGAAAAAUUCAGAUAUGCCAAAACAGAAAAGGAAGCAAACAGAAGAACUGCAACGUAGCAGUUUGACUAAGUGGUUUAAACCAUUGGUUCAUGAUGAAAAUGCUACUUGUGUGGAAAGAACGUCAGGAGUCAAGAAUAAUUCCAAUACGAUCGUUAGAAGCGGAAAUGGUGCUAAAACUACGAGUCCCGGUAGAUCAGAGAGCAGCACUUCGUAUCAUCGCAGACACUGUCCACUCGAAGCAAUACAGAAGAGAAACGGUGACCGCGUCUUUGCGAGAAAGACGUCCGCUGACAGGAAUCACAACAAAAAAUCACAUAGAAGAGCAUCUGAAAAGGAAGCUGAAGGUCGCAUUGAUAUGGCACAUAUGAAUACUAGCAGUCAAAGAAGAGUUACAAGACAAACUUCUCUUGUCAGUGAUCGGCAUGAAGAGGCACCAGCUACAGAAAGUGCAUCUAAAGUGGACUUGGAUCUGAAAAGAACAAAGAAAAACACAUUAACGUUUCACUUGAAAAUAGGAAAGUGCAAGGAACUAAAAAAACACAUAUUGGAAUUUGACGAACACGAUACUAUUCUUGAUGUAAUUGAGCGUUUUCUCGACAAAGACAAAUACAAAUACAAAUCAAUCAUCAAUAAUUUGUUUCCGGAAGUUAACAUUAGUGAACAACGCAACAUAGAAAGAUAUAUUCCUAAUUUUGGCAUGCCUGCGAAGUUAGUAGCAGGGGAGACUAGUCGUCAUUGA